AUGUCCAGCAACGCUAACUCCACUCCUGGAGCGAAUACUUCGGCAUCUUCUGUUCAAUCCAACAAAAUCAGCACCACCGAACGGGUCAUAAAAAGUGUUCCCUUCCCUCCGUCGCACAAGCUGACCAUUAGCGAGGUGUUCGACGCGAAAACCGGCAAGCCGCGCAUCGAUGUCCUCAAGCAACACUUCAUCCACGAAGGCCGAAUCGAGGAAGCCGCCGCCCUUAAAGUCAUUAAUGAUGGCGCGGCCCUCCUUCGCCAGGAGAAGACUAUGAUCGACAUCGAGGCACCCGUUACAGUUUGUGGCGAUAUCCACGGGCAGUUCUACGACCUCAUGAAGCUAUUUGAAGUGGGUGGUCCGCCAGCCACAACCAAGUAUCUAUUUCUGGGGGACUAUGUAGACCGAGGCUACUUUAGUAUUGAAUGUGUAUUAUUCCUUUGGGCUCUGAAGAUCUGCUACUCUAAUACAGUCUAUCUACUGCGCGGCAAUCACGAGUGCCGGCAUCUGACAGAGUACUUCACAUUCAAAACCGAGUGCAAGAUCAAGUACUCGGAACGCGUCUACGAUGCUUGCAUGGAGGCGUUCGACUGCCUGCCCCUGGCCGCUCUCAUGAACCAGCAGUUCCUUUGCGUACACGGGGGUCUCUCGCCCGAGAUCCAUACGCUCGACGAUAUCAGAAGGUUAGACCGGUUCAAGGAGCCCCCAGCAUACGGUCCAAUGUGUGAUCUACUUUGGUCGGACCCCCUUGAGGACUUCGGCUCGGAGAAGAGUACCAGUGAACAUUUUAGCCACAAUAGCGUCCGCGGCUGCUCGUACUUCUACUCGUACGCGGCGUGCUGCGACUUUCUUGCGCAUAAUAACCUCCUGUCGAUCAUCCGCGCCCACGAGGCGCAGGAUGCAGGCUAUCGGAUGUAUCGCAAAUCCCAAACAACGGGAUUCCCAUCGCUGAUAACAAUAUUCUCCGCUCCAAACUACCUAGACGUCUACAACAACAAGGCAGCCGUGCUCAAAUACGAGAACAACGUUAUGAACAUUCGACAGUUCAACUGUUCUCCACACCCAUACUGGCUGCCUAACUUCAUGGAUGUCUUCACUUGGUCUCUGCCGUUUGUGGGCGAGAAAGUGACGGAGAUGUUGGUCAACGUACUGAACAUCUGCUCGGAUGACGAGCUCAUGACCGAGGGCGAUGAUACUUUCGAAGGUGGAGCAGCCAGCGCACGCAAAGAGGUUAUUCGCAACAAAAUCCGUGCUAUUGGCAAGAUGGCUCGGGUCUUCUCUGUGCUGAGGGAAGAGAGCGAAAGCGUUUUACAACUCAAGGGUCUGACUCCUACCGGUACACUGCCCAUGGGAGCCCUAUCAGGAGGCAAGACAUCGCUACACAGUGCACUUGCGGGAUUCUCGCCGAACCACAAGAUCGCCAGUUUCGAGGAGGCGAAGGGCCUUGACAAAAUGAACGAACGAAUGCCGCCGCGGAAAGAUGCCCCGCCGGCGCCUGCUCAGUCGUCAGGGGAGUCUGCUCUAUCCAGCGAGACACCGACGAGCGUCAAGAGUUGA